CGGCCGGCGGCGGAGGACUGGCCUCGGACCCUGCCUCCGCUGCGGCCCCUGGCCUCGGCCCGGCGGUGCGGGGCUCGGGAGGGCGAGCCUCGGGAUGGUCACGGCGGCGCCAGCUCUCUCCCCCCCCACACCCCGCCACCCCGCCACCCCGCCACCCCGGGGUUGUGGCUGCCCGGCUUGGGAUCGCCCGGUGGGUUGUCCGCCACCCUCCCCACGUGCGGGGCUCCUUAGGCAGCCGGCGAUUGCUGGCGAUCGGAGGCUGCUUCACCGAGCCAUCCCCCGGCGCCCGCAGCCCGCGCUGUCUGCAGCGCCGCGGUCCCCCGGGGGUGGGGGGGGAUCCAGCGGCGAGUAAGGGCCGCUCGACCCUGCAGUCCGCCCAAGGUGACGCUGCUGGCCUCGGGUGGAAACUGCAUUGAGGGAGGGAGGGGUGGCCCAAGAGUCUGAGGUGCUGAGAAGAGCGAGCCUGGAGGAGAGCGGUUUCCAGACGCGCAGCACCGUGAAUGCCGGGGUAGAGCAUGGCUAAAAGCUUACGGAGUAAGUGGAAACGGAAGAUGCGGGCAGAGAAGAGAAAGAAGAACGCCCCACGGGAGCUCAGCAGACUUAAAAGUAUUCUCAGAGUUGACGGUGAUGCUCUGAUGAAAGAUGUCGAAGACAUAGCAACUGUGGUGGUCCCCAAACAGUGCCAGGAGAAAAUGCAGUGUGAGGUGGACAACGACGAAAAGGAUGACACAAAAAUGGAGACUGAGCUGAAGAGAAACAAGAAGACCCUUCUAGACCAGCAUGGACAGUACCCAGUGUGGAUGAACCAGAGGCAGAGGAAAAGACUGAGGGCGAAGAGAGAGAAAAAACGGGGGAAAAGCAGAGCCAAGGCAGCGAAGGGCCUGGCCUGGUAGACCCUCGAGAACUGGAAAGUGGUGGUGCACGUGCCUUUAAUCCCAGCCCGCGGGAGGCAAACAGGCAGAGCUCCGUGAGUUCGAGCACAGCCUGGUCUGCAAAGCAGGUGCCAGGACAGCCUGGACUGUUACACAGAGAAACCUUGUCUCGAAAAAUCACACACCAAAAAAAAAAAAAAGAAAG